UCCGCGCGAUGAGGACGCUGCUGCUUCUGGCCGUGUGCGUGGCGGGGGCCGCCGCCUCCUAUCAGGACCGCCCCGUCGUGCGCGUGGAGCAGGGCGCCGCGGCAGGCAGCUUUUUGCGGUCCGCCAAGGGCCGGCGGUACGCGGCCUUCCAGGGCAUGCCCUACGCCCGGGCGAGGGCCCGCUUCCAGGCCGGUGCCCGUGUGCGGCAGGAGGCGGAGCCGGCGGAGGCGUGGGACGGCGUGUGGCCCGCCGAUGAGCCGGGCAGCGAGUGCCUGCAGUACAUGCACACUCACGGCGACCACGAGCAGAGGGUCCGCGGCUCCGAGGACUGCCUCUUCGUCAACGUGUUCACGCCCCAGCUGCCGAACGGCACGAACCCUGCCCUGGACGUGAUCGUCUUCAUCCACGGGGGCGCGUUCAUGUUCGGCAGCGGAGACACGUUCGGUCCCAGGUACUUCAUGGACCGCGACGUGGUGUUCGUCACCUUCAACUACCGCCUCGGUAUACUAGGCUUCCUCAGCACGGAGGACGAGGUGGCUCCGGGCAACAACGGCCUCAAGGACCAGGUGCUGGCUCUGCGGUGGGUGCAGAGGAACAUCGCAGUGUUCGGGGGAGACGCGGGCAGCGUGACCCUGAUGGGCAUGUCCGCCGGCGGGGCUAGCGUCCACCUGCACUACCUGUCCCCGCUUUCCCGAGGACUGUUCCACAGGGGCAUCUCCGUGAGCGGCACGGCGCUGUGCCCCUGGGUGCUGGCCGAGUCCCUCCGCGCCAAGGCAGAGCUCAUGGCGGCCGCUCUGGGCUGCAGCGUCGCCAGCUCUCGCCACGUGGUCGACUGCCUGUCGUCCCGGCCGGCGAGGAAGGUGGUGGGGCUGACGAGCAAGUUCCAGGAGUUCCUGUACAACCCCUUCUCGCCGUUCGGGCCGACGGUGGAGGCCGGCGGGGCGCGCGCCUUCCUCCCCCGCCACCCGGUGGACGUGCUGGGCUCCGGGCAGGCGCGGGACCUGCCCUGGGUCACCAGCGUCACCACGCACGAGGGGCUGUACCCCGCCGCGGACCUGCUGCGCGACGACGCGCACAUACGCGAGCUGGACCGCCGGUUCGAGGAGCUGGCGCCGCACCUGCUGGACUUCAACCACACGGUGCCCGCGGCGCGGCUGCGCGAGGUGUCUCGCCGCGUGAGGGCGGCCUACCUGGGCGCGCGCCCUAUCAGCCGCGAGACCAUGCCCGCCGUGGUGGAGAUGGUGGGGGACCGCCUGUUCGUGGUGGACGCGGUGCUAGCCGCCCGUCUCCAGGCCUCCGUCAACCGGGCGCCUGUCUUCUUCUACCAGUUCGGCUACCGCGGGGAGGACAGCCUGUCCGAGUGGAUGACGGGGGACGGCGUCGACUACGGCUGCUGCCACGCGGACGACAUGGGCUUCGUGACGCAGGUAUUCUUCAGCGACCCGGAGCAGACCGCCGGCGACAGGCAGAUGACGCAGCUGCUGCUGGACUUUUUCGUCAGCUUCGCCAGAACCGGGAGGCCGGGCCUGGACGGCGCGUGGGAGCCGGUGGACGCGGCCGCCGAGGGCCUGGGCUACCUCGCCAUCGCAGGCCCGCACCGCGUGGAGCAGCGCCACAGCGCGGACCUGGGCCGCGCCGCCUUCUGGCUGUCGCUCGGCCUCCGGGAGCGCCGGACCGCCCCGCCGCCGCGCGGGGACGAGCUCUGACCUGCGCUCCCGGCCUCCUCCUCCUUUUCAACACGUCGCAGACGUGUGUUCAACAUUGUAUACAAAUAAAUGCAUUUCUUGUA